AUGCCAGAUUAGCAAAUUUGGAGAGAUCCAACGACAGGAAAGAGCAAAAUCAUUGAAAUGAAUGGUACAAGAUACAAUUGCGAUAACUUUGGAAGCAAAGAAGCUAACUUCUUUCCCAAGGUCACUGGCAAUUACAAAUAUCAGUAGAGAGUCAAUUAAGCUUUUAAUGAUAAGGGAAAUAGAUAUUUGCCUAAAGAAAUAGAUGAAGAUGUUGAAAAAGUUAGAACGGAUUAUUUAAGCUAAAAGCUUAAAACUCAGCUAUAGUAGGUUAUUGAAAAAUCCUUGAGUGUUUAAAGCUCUCUUACAAAAUUGCCAUCUCUUAAGCCAGCAGCUCAAAAUCUGCAAGUAAAUACUAAAAAAUUCAAUGGUUACGCUCAAUUUCCAUCCCCUUAAAGAUAUUCUGAAAAUCAUAAAAAGUAACCAAAGCAGAUCACGAUUGAUGAGAUAAAAAAGUAAAAAAGGAAUAUAGAACAGCGUCUCAAGGAUCAGAUCAAGGAUAUGUAAAUAGAAUUAGAUAGUAGAAGACCCAUUAUUAAGCAAGAUAAUCCUAAAUAUUUUGAUUUCAGGCAAAUCAGCUAAAAAGAACCUCUGAUUAAAGUAAACAUGAGGAAUUUUGAUAGUAAUCCACUUAGGUCUUCUUAGGAACUAAGUUCUUAUGAUCAUAAUUAAUCAGGAACAUAUAGUACUAAAUCAAAGUAAUUUUUAAGUCCUAGGGGAUCAGUAAGCACAACUAAUAACACAUAAACUAAUAAAUAUGGUACUGGAGUCAAUAGUUAAAAGAUUAAUGAUGUACUGACAAAAACUGUAAAUAAUAUGGAACAAGAAUAGGAAAAUCAAAUAUAUAUUUAGCAAAAAAGUGAAGAUUUAAGAUCAGAACUUGAAUCGAUUUAGAACACUGAGAUAGCAAAUGUCAGCCAUUUUAAGAAAUUAAUGUCCCCGUCAAAUAUGGAAGAUAUUUAAGCUUUAAGAAACAGAGAUUAUGAAGUACUCACAUCAUCAGAUGAGAAUGACAACACCAGAGAUGAGAAAAGAUAAAAUCCCUUCAGAAAUAACAGAAGUUAGAAUAGUAUCUCUCCUGUAAGAAGUGUGGAGAAUUUGAAAAAAGAAUAUUUACAUGAUAAGUCAAACAAUUAAAAAGGAGUUAUUGACAAGAAUAUAAACUCGAGAAAUGAUUUAUCUUUUAAGAGAAAUAUUACAUAUGGGAUAUUUGAUGGUUAUAAUGCAGAUGAUAAUCAUAGUCACUAUAAAAAAGAGUAUGCUAAUAUGAUGCAAGCAAAUCCUAAGGUUAAGAUAUAGAUUUAACAGUAAAACGAAAAAUAUGAUCAAAUACUUAAGAGACUUAAAGAAAGUAAGAGAAGAGAAGAGGAAAAACUUAUGAGAUCAUAAUGA